AUGGCCAUGUCACUGCGCCAACACAGGACAGUCAUAUUGGCUGUUGCCUUCUGUUUCCUGCCUUGCAUCACUUCCUCCCUCAACCUGGAGGAUCCCAAUGUCUGCAGUCACUGGGAGAGUUACUCGGUGACAGUGCAGGAGUCAUACGCCCAUCCCUUUGAUCAGAUUUACUACACCAGCUGCACCGACAUCCUCAACUGGUUUAAGUGCACAAGACACAGGGUGAGCUAUCGUACAGCCUAUCGAAGGGGAGAGAAGACCAUGUACCGGAGAAAGUCCCAGUGCUGCCCAGGCUUCUACGAGAAUGGAGAGAUCUGUGCGCCUCAUUGUGCAGCGAGCUGUGUCCACGGCCGUUGUAUGGCCCCCAACACCUGCCAGUGUGAGCCGGGCUGGGGGGGCUCCAACUGCUCCAGUGCUUGCGACAGUAUCCACUGGGGUCCCCACUGCAGUAACAGAUGUCAGUGCCAGAACAGCGCACUGUGUAACCCCAUCACGGGCGCCUGUAUCUGCACUCCUGGGUACCGGGGCUGGCGCUGCGAGGCCCGGUGUGAAGUGGGCACCUACGGAAACGGUUGCCAGCAGAAAUGCCAGUGCCAGAACGGAGCUUCCUGUCAUCAUGUUACCGGAGAAUGCACGUGCUCACCAGGAUACACGGGAGCUUUCUGUGAAGACCUGUGUCCUCCAGGCAAACAUGGGCAGCAGUGUGAGGAGAGAUGCCCAUGUCAGAAUGGAGGAGUGUGUCACCACGUGACUGGAGAGUGCUCCUGUCCUGCAGGAUGGAUGGGUACAGUGUGUGGCCAGCCAUGUCCAGAGGGGAGAUUUGGACAAAACUGUUCCCAAGAAUGUCAGUGUCACAACAACGGCUUCUGUGUGUUGUCCACUGGACAGUGUCUCUGCAGCCCCGGGUACACAGGAGAACGGUGCCAGGACGAGUGUCCAGUUGGUACUUACGGUGCUGGCUGUGCGAAGAUGUGUCGCUGUGAGAACAAUGGCAAGUGCUACCAUACCAACGGGAUGUGUCUGUGUGAGCCAGGAUACACGGGGGAGACAUGCAACGUCCGACUGUGUCCUGAAGGACACUACGGCCUCCGGUGUGACAGGAAGUGCCCGUGCUACGCCCAGAACACACGCAGCUGCCACCCAAUGUCAGGGGAGUGCACGUGUCAGCCCGGUUGGUCAGGCCUGUACUGCAAUGAGACUUGCACCCCGAGAUUUUAUGGAGAGUCCUGCCAGCAGGUGUGCCAGUGCCAGAACGGGGCUGACUGCCACAGUGUGAGCGGAGAGUGCAUCUGCGCUCCAGGCUUCACGGGUCCCAACUGUACAGUCCCCUGCCCAGCAGGAACACAUGGAGUGUACUGCUCCUCCAGCUGCAACUGUAAGAACAGAGCUCAGUGUUCACCUGUGGACGGAUCCUGCUCCUGUAGACCAGGGUGGCAUGGAGUGGACUGCUCCAUCAACUGCCCCAGCGGUACCUGGGGUCUGGGCUGUAACCUCACCUGUAUGUGUGGAAACGGAGGAGCCUGCAACGCCCUGGAUGGUCACUGUACCUGUGCUCCAGGCUGGAGAGGAGAGAGGUGUGAACUCCACUGCCAGGAUGGCACCUAUGGUCUGGACUGUAAGGAACGUUGUGACUGCAGUCAUGCUGAUGGAUGUCACCACUCUACUGGUCACUGCCGCUGUCUGGCCGGAUGGACUGGUAUCCACUGUGACAGUGUGUGUGCAGAGGGCCACUGGGGCCCAAACUGCUCCGUCCCCUGUAACUGCAAGAACGGAGCAUCCUGCUCCCCAGAUGAAGGGACCUGUGAGUGUGCUCCAGGAUACAGAGGCACCACCUGUCAAAGGAUCUGCUCUCCAGGAUACUUUGGUCACCGCUGCAGUCAGACCUGUCCACAGUGUGUCCACAGCAACGGACCGUGUCACCAUGUCUCAGGACAGUGUGACUGUCUGCCAGGCUUCAAGGGGGCGCUGUGUAACGAGGUGUGUCCAAGUGGUCACUUUGGGAAAAACUGUGCCUGGAGCUGCAGCUGCACCAACAACGGCACCUGCAACCCCAUCGAUGGCUCCUGUCAGUGUUAUCCAGGAUGGAUCGGCAGCGACUGCUCCCAGCCCUGUCCUCCUGGUCAGUGGGGACCCAACUGCAUCCACACAUGUAACUGUCACAACGGAGCCUACUGCAGCGCUUAUGAUGGAGAAUGCAAGUGCACCCCAGGGUGGACCGGCCUCUACUGCACACAACGCUGUCCAUUAGGUUUCUAUGGGAAGGACUGUUCUCUGUCCUGCCAGUGUAGGAAUGGAGCUGACUGUGAUCACAUCUCUGGACAGUGCACCUGUCGCACCGGCUUCAUGGGACGACACUGUGAACAAAAGUGUCCACAUGGUUCGUAUGGUUAUGGCUGUCGUCAGGUGUGUGACUGUCUCAAUAACUCCACAUGUGAUCACAUGACUGGUACAUGUUACUGCAGCCCGGGCUGGAAGGGAGCUCGCUGUGACCAAGCUGGUGUAGUGGUGGGCAGCCUCAACAGUCUGACCAGUGCAGCCAUGCACGUAGACACCUACCAGAUCGGAGCCAUCGCAGGAAUCAUCGUCCUGGUGCUCCUGGUGCUCUUCCUCCUUCUGCUUUUCAUCAUCUACAGGAAGAAGCAAAAGGGCAAAGAGCCUACCAUGCCAGCUGUGACUUACACUCCUGCCAUGAGGGUCACUGCUGAUUACACCAUUGCAGAUGCUCACCCACCAACAUGCGAGGGCCACCCCAGUAACUACUUCUCCAACCCCAGCUACCAUACUCUGACCCAGUGCAUCAGCCCUCAACAUGUUAACAAUGGUCCAUAUGGAAAGGCCAAGAACAGCCAGCUGUUUGUGAACUUGAAGAAUGUAGAUCAGAGAAAAAGGGCUCCUCUAGCUGAGCACACCAGCACACUGCCUGCAGACUGGAAACAAGAAGACUGCUUCAAUGAACUGGGAGCCUACGGAGUUGACAGGAGAUACAUGGGGAAAUCUUUACGAGAUCUGAAGGGCACACUCUAUCAUGCCAGCUCCUGCUCCCUCAACAGCUCUGAAAACCCAUAUGCUACAAUAAAGGACCCUCCCCUGCUGACAGCCAAAAACACAGAGUGUGGCUACGUGGAAAUGAAGUCACCAGCCAGACGGGAUUCACCAUACGCUGAGAUCAGCAACAGCAGCCCCACCAACAACCGCAAUGUCUAUGCAGUUGAGCCUGUUAGUACCAUCCAGCUGACUGGAGACAGCAAUGGUGACACACAGUUUGGUCAAGAUCCGUACGAUCUACCCAAAAACAGUCACAUCCCCUGUCACUACGACCUGCUGCCAGCCAGAGAGAGUCCAUCCCCAGAGCACAAGGAGCUGGACAGUGAAUGAUGGCCCAGAGACUCAGUACAGAGACCAGGUCUCACCUCCAGUCUGCAGCUCCGGCACUGGCUGUUCCACUUUAA